CUGCGAGCGCGCGGGGAUGUUGCACGUGGCGGCGGAGGCGGCAGCAGAGGGGUGACAAUGGCGCCUCUAAUGGCGGGUGGCGGAGGUGGGCAGGGCUCUUUGCUCUGCUAUAGGAGGCAGUGCUGUAUGGUGUUAACUUCCAGUUCCAAGUUCCGUUUAGUCUUUUGCCACCUUUCUUAACGGUUUUUUCUACGUGCUGUGCUUCUACGUGCCAAAAUGCCGAAAAGAAAAUGUAGAUUUUCUGUCCAGCUACAGAGGAAGUAUACCUGUUUCAGAAGAGGUAGAGAUGACUUUGAAGGUGAAUGCCUGGUAUGUAGACCGGGUACGUUUGUCUCUGUGGCACAUAAAGGAGGGCGUGACCUGCAAUCGCACAUGGACUCUGAGAAACACAAAAUAGCAAGUCGAGGAGAAGCUUCUUCAGCAAAAUUAGCAAACGUUUUCGUAAAAUCCUGUAGCAAAUGGGAAGAUGAAGUAACCGCAGCAGAAGGAACUUUCGCUUUUCACACCGUCAAACACCACCACAGUUAUAACGUGAUGACGUGCACAUCAGGCCUCCUGAAGACGAUGUUCCCGGAUUCCGAUAUUGCAAGGAAGUUUUCAAGUGCAAAAACCAAGACAGAGGCAAUUGUAAAUUCUGUAUUGGCGCCCGAUUGUUUGGAAAAUGUUCUGAAAAGCCUUGAAGAAAAUGAAAUAGGUUAUUGCGGCGUUUCUACAGAUGCGAGUAACCAUGGUCCGGUCAAGGUGGUUGCAAUAGUUAUUCAGUAUUUUGACUGGAAAAGUGGUGGUUUGCAGUCCAAAAUAAUUGAAAUGCAAAGCCAACCCAAUGAGACUGCAGAUACAAUCUUUUCGUACGUGAAGGAAACCCUUGACAGUAAAGGACUGUUAAAGAAAUGCAUAGCAUUCACAGGUGACAACUGCAACACAGUGUUUGGAGGGAUACAGCAGGAUUCAGAAGGAAGAAAUGUGUUUGCAAAGUUGAAGAGUGAGCUGGAUAACAAAACUUCAAUCGGUGUGGGAUGUCCAGCGCACAUUUUGAAUAACUGUGUCCAUCAAGCAGCGGACACGUUGGACGUCGACGUUGAGAGCGUCAUUUUCAAGAUAUACCAGUACUUUCAUAUCUAUAGAGUCCGAACGGAGCAGUUAAAGGAGUACUGUGAAUUUGUGGACACUGAAUACAACAAGUUGCUGUCUCGCAGCAAGACACGGUGGUUGUCGUCCUUUCCGGGCAUCACCAGACUCAUUCACGCGUUUCCAGCCGUCAAGGCAUUUUUCCUCUCCCAGAAUAAACCGCCGACAGUGUUGCAAGAGUUUUUUGAGCAUGAGCUCAGCGAGGCUUAUUUAUUGCACUUGCAGUCUCUCAUGAGUAUGUUUCACUCGUAUGUUUUAGAACUCGAAAGGGAAAACAAUUCGGUGGUGGAGAUUCUCCAAGUUCUGCUUUGUGUCCAGAACAUGCUCGCUGAACGCAGGAGCCACAGCUUCAUGUCCCUCAAGGUCAAGAGCCUUCUGAAAGAAAAGCGCGAGGAGGGUCUCGGCGCGGAGUGCGACAAAUUCUGCGCAGAGGUCAACCGCUUCUAUGACAGCUGCAUAGAGUAUCUGGAGAAACGGAUGGAGCCCAUGAAGGAGUUUUCAUGCUUCAUGUGGAUGUCCCUUAGUGAGUCACUAGAGUGGGACAAGGUAGGACCUUCCAUAAAGUUUCUCCUGGACAGGGAGGUGUCCAUAGAUGAGGGGAAGUGCUUCGAUCAAUUCUGCAACCUCGAGAAGUUUGUGGAUCAAUUUAAAGGCGACGACGAGUUCAUUAAGCUCCAGGCACAUCAGAAGUGGACCAAGUACUUUGAGACUUCCAAAAACAUUAUGUGCCACUCGGAACUUUUGAAGAUGGCACAGGGUUUCUUUGCCCUUGCCUCACAUUAUGCAAACGCAGGGUGCAUUUUCUCUCUGAGCAAAGAGAGAGGCAACUUAUCCUUGGACUCGCUGCGAAGUAUGGUGCUACUGCAAUAUAAUUACAAGCACGUUACUUGCAAGGAAUUUCACGCCUAUCUCUUAAGCAAUACGCAGCUGUUGAACAAGAUAAGAUCUACAGAGAAAUAUGCUUGGGCCAGGCAGCGUCGGACAGAAGAACAAAGUGCCUCUGAAAGUGUUUCUUUUUGUACCAGUACAGGAGUUUCAUACAGGGUACCGAUGUAUUGAAACACUUGUUCUAUUUUUAUUGUAUUGUAUUGUAUUGUAAUUUGAGCACAUUUACUUUUACAAUUGGUUACGUAUUUGGUUAUAACCAGUUCGAUUGUUUGUAUUGCUAUUAUUUUAAAAUGAGCGUCGUCAUAGUGAUCUGUAGUUAAAAACAGAAAUCGGGAAAUGUGUAUUUUUUUUCGCUCUUCAGAAUAUGGCAUCCCUCUGUAUCUUGUCGUUUCUGUAUACAUUAGCAGGAGACUCUUCCCCAAGAUGGCCGUCCCAGCUCUGAUUGACUAUGGCUAGUUUGUUUAUUUGAAAUAAGGGAGUGAGAGAAGGUUGGGGGGCGCAGGGCGUGGUUUAUUGCCUUUGGUUACUGCAGUGAGAUUUGUUUGCAUACAGUGGUACCUUGGUUUACAAACACAAUUGGUUCCGGAAGUCUGUACUUAACCUGAAGCGAACUUAACCUGAAGCAAACUUUCCCAUCGAAAGUAAUGGAAAGUGGAUUAAUCUGUUCCAGACGGGUCCGCGGAGUACUUAAACUGAAAAUACUCAAACAGAGGCGAACUUAAACUGAGGUAUGACUGUAUUUGGAGUUGGGGGGGAGGAUGGAUUGUUGGGUCAAGUAAGCCACAUUGAUCUGUAUGCUGUUGGUGGAUCCUUGUUGACUAUGGCUAGUUUUUAAACGCUGCACCGAUGACUAGCUUGGGCCAAGACUUUUCAAAACGCAGCAGGCAAAGUAGCUGCCUUAAACGGAACAAUAGCGAUUGGGCAUUUGGAAAGGCAAGUUUGGGAUUGAAUAUACUGUACAAGCAUUCUCUGCUUGGCAAAAUGCUCUAAGUUGUCUCGUGCAGAAGCUGCCUGGAUAUUAAUAUCUGCAGGACAAGGUCUCCUGUACAGUAAUACCUCGGGUUACGAACGCGAUCCGUUCCGGAUCGCAGUUCGUAACCCGAAUAGUUUGUAAACCGAACGCGAUGGGCGCCGCCAUUUUGCGCAUGCGCAAAGCGCGAUUCUCGCGAUUUCCGCGCUUUGCGCAUGCGCAGAUCGCGCGAUCGUGCGUGUGGUGCUUCUGCGCGCGCGCGCGGCAAAAACACUUCCGGGUUUGCGCAGUUCGUAACCCGAACUGUUCGCAAACCGAGGUGGUCGUAACCCGAGGUACGACUGUAAAGCAUCAGGUAAGGCUGGGAAAGGACGUCUUGCUGUUGUCAACUUUGCUGUCUGGUCUUUGACUGUAAUAAAGAUUGAUUGAUUGUUCGGCCCACACCCCGUCUGAAGCAUCGAAGAGACUCUGCUGGUCAGUGUAGACGAUACUGAGCAAGAUGGGCCAAUGGUCCAAUUCAGUAUGGGGCAAUUACUAUGUCCCUCUUUAAAUCAGCCCUUUAUUCACUCAGAACCACGUGGACUAGAAUCACACUAUUAUAUUUGAGGGCAGGGCUGGAGCUGAGGGGCAGGGCAUCUGCUUCACAUGCAGAAAGUCCCAGGUUUGAUCCCCAACGGCAUCUCUGGGUAGGGCUGGGAAGAUCCCCUUCCUGAAAUCCUGGAGAGCUGCUGCGUCAGUGUAGUAGACAGUACUGAGCUAGGCAAACCAGUGGUCUGACUCAGUAAUACUAAAGAAUGAUCUGACAGAUUCCUUUUGUGGAAUAUAUGUGGGGCGUGCAAGAAAUGUUGCAGUAUGUGGCGUGCUCCUUUCAGGGUGCCAGCCAGCCACCAGUGACCGUCCCAAAGUACUCCAUUCCCUCCUUCCUUGUUUUCGCCGGGUUUCUAAAGACAUGUAAUGACGGCGCCAGGCAAGCCUUUCCAGGGACAGCAUUUCACACACGGGGAGCCACUGCAGAAAAGGGAAGACGGGAGCCAUAGCUGCCAAGUUAUCCCUUUUUUAAAGGGAUUUUCCAUUAUGCUGAAUAGGCUUCCUCGCGAGAAAACGGAAAACUUGGCAGCUAUGACGGGAGCCGGAUUCCAACCACAUCUGGAAAGCCACAGGCUCCCCAGCCCUGUCUUAAAGGUAAAGGGACCCCUGACCAUUAGGUCCAGUCACAGACGACUCGGGUUGCGGCACUCAUCUCGCUUUACUGGCCAAGGGA